CACAUGGGUGUGGUCUACUCCGUUCCGGUGUAUCAUCCGCUUGACUUUUUUCCGUAAAACAAUCAAUUUAGAUUGUUUACAGAGUCAAAAUUUUUUCCUGCUGUUAGUUGUCAUGCACUCUCGCAAUAUUGAAGUUCAAGUAUUCUCCAAGUUUCAGUGAACAUUUGGUAUUCAUCAAACUAUUCUUAAUAUUGAGUGAAAUAGAACUAUAUACAUCACACACAGCUUUUCAAGCUUCGAGAUAUAAAUAAAUAUUUAUGUUACUUUUUAUUGAAAGUGUGUUUUCUCAGAUGCUGUAGUGUAGCAUAGUUUUAGAAGAUAAUUAUCUUUGACAAUAUGGUGUGAUUAUCAAUGGUUAUCUAGAAUACAUCAGUCAUCUACUUGAAGAAUAACAUAGGAAAUUCAACAAAAGUAUAUUUGAUUAAUUAACUUGGUUUUAAUCAUGAAUGAACUUGAUACUUUACGGCAAGAGGCUGAAACAUUAAAAAAUGCAAUACGGGAUGCUAGAAAAAAUGCCUGUGAUACCACUCUCGUUCAAGCAACUGCUAGCUUGGAACCGAUUGGACGAAUCCAAAUGCGCACUAGACGUACUUUGAGAGGACAUUUAGCUAAAAUAUAUGCAAUGCAUUGGGGCAGCGAUUCAAGAAAUUUAGUUUCUGCAUCACAAGAUGGAAAACUCAUUGUUUGGGACAGUUACACAACUAAUAAAGUUCAUGCAAUACCUUUACGAUCAUCAUGGGUUAUGACUUGUGCUUAUGCACCAUCUGGAAGUUAUGUCGCUUGUGGAGGAUUAGAUAAUAUAUGUUCAAUAUAUAGUCUGAAAACGCGAGAAGGAAAUGUACGCGUUAGUAGAGAAUUACCGGGUCAUACUGGAUAUCUAUCUUGCUGCCGAUUUUUAGAUGAUAACCAAAUAGUCACCAGUUCAGGGGAUAUGUCAUGUGCAUUAUGGGAUAUCGAAACUGGGCAGCAGUGCACGUCUUUUCUGGGACAUACUGGAGACGUCAUGUCUUUAUCACUUUCUCCAGAUAUGCGAACGUUUGUUUCUGGAGCCUGUGAUGCUAGUGCAAAGUUGUGGGAUAUUCGUGAAGGAUCCUGUAAGCAAACAUUUCCAGGACAUGAAAGUGACAUAAAUGCUGUAACGUUCUUUCCAAAUGGAUUUGCUUUCGCAACAGGAUCUGAUGAUGCUACUUGUAGACUGUUCGACAUUAGAGCUGACCAAGAAUUGGCUAUGUAUAGUCAUGACAACAUCAUUUGUGGUAUAACAAGCGUAGCUUUUAGUAAAAGCGGCCGUUUGCUUCUAGCUGGGUAUGACGAUUUCAAUUGCAAUGUUUGGGACUCAAUGAAAACUGAACGCGCCGGGAUUUUAGCUGGUCACGACAAUCGAGUUUCAUGUCUUGGAGUAACAGAAGAUGGAAUGGCGGUAGCUACCGGAUCAUGGGACUCAUUUUUACGCAUAUGGAAUUAAAUUUAAAAUAUAUCAUGCUAGCUUAAAACAGUUUUUGAUAUAAUUAUUUAUCUUCGUUUUCAGUUUAUGUCGAUGUGAUUGUUAUAAUCAUUGACAUUCUCAAUAAGUGUAGUAUUCGAACGUAAGGAUAAAAUACCAUAACCACGCAUCAAUAUUAAAUAAUAAUUAUAUAGACAUUCAUGCUCAAAAUAAUUUACUUAAAAAGUUAUAUGUGUAGUAUUGUGACACCACAAAUGAAGUAUUUUAUGCUAUUCUAAAUCAAGUCCUCUGAUAUUUGUAAUAAUCUAAUACAAAAUGAUUUAUAAACCAA